UAUUUCCAUUGAUUGUGGCUGUCAACAGCAAUUAAACAUUUGCUUCAUAUUACUUUCUAUUGGAAAACAUUUACAAACCAAGGCUUUUACCCAUAUAUUUUCAUCACAAUAUAAUUUCAUCACACAUAAUAAUAUUAUUAUUAUUAUUUAUUAUUUAUUGCAAUUUAACCAUCAUACAAAAUAGAUUCUCACUCUAUCAACUCUAUCAAUUCUAUCAUUAUGGUCAAUCAAAGUAAUAACAAUAACAACUCUAACAGGAGAAUUGAAAUGAUCGCUCAUCAUAUCGCACCAGGAAGUUUAAGUCAUGAUGAGAGUAUUAAUAGUUCUUCCAGCCUUGAUUUUCUUAAUCAAAAAAAAUCACUCCUCUCUGAUAGCAUUGACUACGAGCAACAAUCAUUUUUGUAUAGUAACACAACAGCAGCUUCUAACAAAAUGACAAGCAUUUUCGGUACCAUUCCUACUGCUCCUAGAGAUCCAAUCUUGGGUUUAAGUGAAGCAUUCAAAGAAGAUACAAGUCCAAGCAAGGUUAAUCUUGGUGUUGGUGCUUAUAGAACAGAAGAAGGUAAACCAUUGGUUUUAAAUGUUGUUAAGAAGGUUGAACAAAAGAUCCUCGAACAAAACUUGGACAAGGAAUACAUUCCACAAGAUGGUUUGGAAGCAUUCAAAAAAGUCUCACCAAAAUUAAUGUUCGGAGAAAACUGCAAGGCCCUCCAAGAAGGUCGUAUUGUUUGUGUGCAAUCAAUCUCUGGUACAGGUGCAUUGAGAUUGGGAAUUGAAUUUAUUGCCAAGUUUUUACCUGCUGGUACUGCCUUAUAUGUUAGUAAUCCAACUUGGAUUAAUCACAUUCAAAUUUGUCAAUCUGCUGGUGUUCCAGUUGGAUAUUACAGAUAUUUCGAUAAUAAGACAAAUGGAUUGGCUUUCAAUGAUAUGAUUCAUGAUUUAAAGACAAUUCCAAACAAGUCAGUCGUUCUUUUGCACUCUUGUGCUCACAAUCCAACAGGUGUUGAUCCAACUCCAGAACAAUGGUCAAUCAUUGCUGAUGUUAUGCAAGAAAAGGGUCACUUUACUUUCUUUGAUAGUGCUUAUCAAGGAUUUGCAAGUGGUGAUUUGGAUAAGGAUGCUGCUGCUAUUAGAAUGUUUGUUGAUCGUGGUAUUGAAAUGUUGGCAUCUCAAAGUUAUGCCAAGAAUUUUGGUUUAUAUGGUGAAAGAAUUGGUGCAUUGAACAUUGUUGUAAAUAAUGUUGAAACUGCCAAGCAAAUUCAAUCACAAAUGAAGGUUAUUGUCAGAUGUUUAUAUUCAUCACCACCAUUGCAAGGUGCUAGAAUUGUUGCAAUGACUUUAAGUAAUCCUGAAUAUUUUGCUGAAUGGAAGAAGGAAUUAAUCAUGAUGAGUGACAGAAUUAAGGAAAUGAGACAAUUACUUUUUGAUGCCCUCAAGAAGAGAAAUACACCAGGUAAUUGGAAUCACAUUCUUGAACAAAUUGGCAUGUUUUCAUUCACUGGUCUUCAAAAGAAACACGUUGCUGUCUUGAUUGAAAAAUACCAUAUUUAUCUUACUGAUAAUGGUAGAAUUAGUAUGUGUGGUUUAAAUAGAAAGAAUGUUGAAUAUGUAGCCGAUGCUAUUGACUUUGUUGUAAGAAAUGUUUAAAUUAAUGUGUAUAUUCCCCUUCAUCGAUUCAUUGUAAAUAAAUUAUCUUUUUCUUGCA